AUGGCAAGAUUAAGAUCCCGAUUUCCCAGAGCACUGCUGGUUUUGACAGCAUUGUUUGCCUGCAGAUCCUGGAAUUUGACAAGUUUUGUGAGCAGUUGCUUGGCUGCACGUCCUGGCAGAUUGGAGGUCACCAGCCAGCUGCUUGAACGAAGGGCAAGUGCUGCAGCUCCGAGCGAGUCAACGCCCAAGCCAAAGAAUGCCUCAGAUGAUAAGGAGAUCGAUGACGCAGUCCUUCGCAUGGCUAUGGCAAUGACUGAGGAGGAGGGUGGUGCUUCACCAGCUGCCAAGACCGACACGAAAGAGGAAGGAGGCUUUGAUUUCAACAUUUUGGUCACUGUGUUUUGGGUGUCUUUGAUUGUUUAUUCAUUUGGUUCCAGUAUCAUCGGAGUCACGCAGGGGCGCAUCCAGGAUAGAACUGGUGGUGACUUCACCUUGUAUGAUUUUUUUGACAACAUUUUCGCUUUCUCAGAGUGGAACUGGGAGUACUCGCUCGGCUUUGACCCGUUCAAACUGUUCGACGGUUUGAAGAGCGGUGGUCCUGCGUCCUGA